AUGUCGGCUAUUUCAGAUAGCGAUACAGAAGCAGACGUAGUGUCUAGGAACCUGUGUGGGGUUGUGGAUAUCGGGUCUAAUGGAAUUCGAUUCAGCAUCUCUUCCAAAGCAUCGCACCAUGCGCGGAUCAUGCCGUGUGUGUUCAAAGACAGAGUAGGAAUAUCGCUUUUUGAAGUGCAACACUGCAAGAACUCGCUGGAGAAGAUUCCGAUCCCAGUAGACACGAUUAAGGAAGUGUGCGCGGCGAUGAAAAGGUUCAAGCUGAUCUGCGAUGACUUCGGGGUGCCGGAGACGGCGGUGCGGGUGGUGGCGACCGAGGCAACGCGGGAGGCGCUGAACGCGCAGGAAUUUGUGGACGCUAUCCGUGAGUCGACCGGGUGGCUGGCGAAGAUGCUGACGCGGGAAGAAGAGGGCCGGAUCGGAUCCUACGGGGUGAUCUCGUCGUUCAACGCGGUGUCUGGCCUUUAUAUGGACUUGGGCGGGGGUAGCGUGCAGCUGUCGUGGGUGAGCUGCCAGAACGGUGAAAUCAAGCACUCUUCGACACCGGUAUCCCUGCCCUACGGUGCGGGCGCACUCAGCAGACGGAUGCACACGGAGAACAAGCGGGACCUGUUUAUGGAAAUAAAAUGCGCGCUGCAGGACGCUCUUCCGAAAAUCGGCAUUCCGCAUGCGAUGAUCGCCGCGGCCAAGAGCAGCGGCGGCUUCGAGCUGUUUACGUGCGGCGGCGGGCUGCGUGCGAUGGGCUACCUGCUUCUGUCGCAGAUCAAAGAAUAUCCCAUCAAGACCGUUAUCAAUGGCUUUUCGUGCAGCUCGGAAGAGUUCCUGACGAUGUCCGACCUGCUCUUCCUGAAGGGCAAGGUGCCCGGUCACAAGAAGGACAGCAAGAUAUUCAAGGUCUCGCAGCGGCGGGCACAGCAACUGCCUGCGGUCGGGCUGCUCAUGUCGGCCGCGCUGGAGUCCCUCCCGAAGAUUAACAUCGUGCACUUCAGCGAAGGCGGCGUAAGGGAGGGAACUCUGUAUUCCAUCCUUCCCCGUGAGAUCAGAGCGCAGGACCCUCUAAUAAUCGCAACAAGACCUUAUGCCCCGCUCCUUGCCUCUAAGUACCUGGAGCUGCUAAAGGCCGCCCUUCCCGAGAGCGAUGUCCCCGCGCUUGUCAUUGACCGCAUUGCGCCGGCGCUAUGUAACCUGGCGUUCGUGCACGCAUCUUACGCAAAGGAGCUGCAGCCCACCGCCGCCCUGCACGUGGCGACUACCGGGAUUAUCGCCGGCUGUCACGGCCUCUCGCAUCGCAUCCGUGCCCUGAUCGGUAUCGCUCUGUGCAACAGGUGGGGUGCCGACAUCCCGAAGCCGGAAGAGGCACACAAGAAGGCCCUGGAAGAAGCCGUCCUCAGAGACAGCGGCAAGCCGGACUGCCAUCGUACCCUUUUCUGGACCAAGUACGUGGGCUUCAUCAUGUUCCUGAUAUGUGGCGUCCAUCCUGGCGGCAACAUAAGGGACGGCGUGUUUACCUUUGACGUGCACCGCAAGGACGACGUGGAAGCUGAUCUCCAGGACUUGGCACUGGGCGACAGUCGCUACACCAAGAGCCAAACUUCCUCCAGAAAGCCUGUCUUCGAGGUGGUUGUGAAGAUCAGUAGAGAUGACCUGAAGACGAGCGCGUCGGUCCGCCAGAGAAUUAUAACCCUACAGAAAAGAAUCAGAAGACUCUCCAGAGGUAGUACCGAGAAGGUCAAGGUAGGGGUACAGUUUUCAGAGGCGUGCUAG